AUGAGCGCUUCUACAUUAACCCUCGAGCAGCUUGAACUGGGCAUCUUGCCCGCGCUUGGCCGUGAGCUCUGGUCGUGGCCAGAGUGCGUUUGCACCAUUGGUCGGAGCUGCAACCAAGAUGAGUGCACCGCUCGUGUUAAGCGACUAACACGAUAUUUCCAAUUCUACAAAGGAAUCGUCCAAGUAUACAUUGGCGAGUCGUUCCCCUCGACGAGAGUGUUCCAAACCCACGGAGGCCUUUUCGCUGCGAUCCAGAUGCUGAAACAUUGCCCAUACAUGACAAGAAGUGAAUUUGCGAGGGCCAUCACGCGACACAAUACAUCCGAAAAGGCACUUUCAGAUGCAAUAGCUCUUGUAGUGCAAACUCUGACCAUGGUCGAUUGCUCCCCUGUCUAUUACUCCUCCGAUGUGCUGGAACAGGGCAACGCCUCCUGGACCCCGUGGAAAGACGAAGUGCGAUUCAACGAAUAUAUUUCAGAUCUAUUCCCUAAGAAACCCCAUUCUAUUCUCAGUGUUCCUAAUAGCGAUUUGUACAAUGGCUUUACAAAUGCACUACGUGCAAGGAAGCUUCAGAAACACCUAGGUAUCGCCAUGCGGCCGACCCGCGAUCUUCGCAACCACCUUCGCUUUGACAGGAAGAAUCGAGUUCUUUAUAUAUUCCACCAUGCGGCAUUUCUAAAGGAACAACUAAAACUUAUAAAAGAGAAUUUUUCAGAACCUGUAGCCGUGGCGCUACCGCCUCGCCGGCUCCUUCUUGAAACGCUCACUUCGCUGCAAGAAAUUCUAUUCCCCCUAUCAGACCCCCGAUCCCGUGCCCUCCUUGAUACUCUGGUCACGACAAACUCCUUUGAUCCUGACAUUUCGGUUUAUGUCUACGACUCCAUCCGCGUCGAGUUCGAAGAUAGCCAGGUUAUGUCCUAUGUCUAUCUGACUGAUCGCCUGGCAGAUCUUUAUGCUGAGUUGCAGAACCCGAGCCCGAGCGGUUGGCUGGAGCGUGCCUUGGAACGAAAGAGUAGCGGGCGGUACGUUAUGAUGGCCACGCUUGGAGGAGUCGUUUUCGCCGUAGUGCUAGGACUCCUUUCGUUAAUAGUCAGUAUAUAUCAGACCUGGCUUACUUAUCAAGCCUGGAAACACCCGGCGACUCCUUGAUCGAGUAAUAUUAUAUAACACAAGGAUAGUAAAUAGAUGUAUCUUCCAUUCAUAAUCCAAGGUAUUUAGACAAGCAGAGGACUUAAACGCCG